CGGCCAUGUCGUUCAGCGCCACCAUACUGUUCUCCCCUCCCAACCCCAAAGAAGCCAAAUGCUGCUGCUGCACCUGCAAGCAGGAGCCCGGCGCUCCCCCGGCGGCCCCUGUGCCGCCUCCCUCCCCGCCCUGCACCCCCAUCACCAUCACUGGGACGGGGCUGGCGGUGCAGUCUUCGGAGCAGCUCCUCCACGUCAUCUACCAGCGGGUCGAGAAGGCCGUGGGCCUCGCGGAGAUGUCUCUGAGCUUGGCCAAGGCCAACAACGAGGCCCUGAGGCGCCUGGAAGAGGAAAUGGGGGUGCUGCGCCGGGCGGCGGCCCCUCCGGUCAAAGCCAGCCCCCCGUGCGUCCCGGUGGAGCAGCGAGAAGAGGAGGAGAAGGAGGAGGAGGAGGAACGAGAGGCCGAAGGCUUCCAACGCGGCGUCCAGGUGGUCAUCGAAGAGCUGAGGCAGCUGGGAGCGGCGGCUGGGCCACCCGGACCCCUGGGUUUCUCUCCCGUGCAGCUGGGAGCCGGGGGGCUUGGCGGGGUAGCAGAAGAAUCUCCCACAGUAGAUACCUCCCUGCAGCGGGUCUACGCGACGCCCUCUUCUCCCGUCCCUCAGACGACUCUGCUGCCCCUGGAUGAGCCUUCUCUCUCCUGCCCGGAGGCAUCACCCAACAGCACCAGUCUGGAGGACGCUAUGCACGGGGAACCGCGUUUUUCUUUGGGCUUUGCGAGUCUUCCUUGCAGAAGCCGAAGCAUCGGGCAGAAGAACGCCAGGCGCAAGAGGGACUUGGUGCUUUCAAAACUGGUUCACAAUGUCCACAAUCACAUCACCAAUGAUAAAAGGUUUGACGGCUCUGAGAGCAUUAAAUCUUCGUGGAAUAUCUCUGUGGUGAAAUUCUUGCUGGAGAAACUGAAGCACGAAUUGGUAUCAAAUCACCACAAAUACACAGACAAAGAGCUAAAAGGAGCCUGUGUGGCCUACUUUCUGACCAAACGGCGGGAGUACCGUAACUCUCUCAACCCCUUCAAAGGCCUCAAGGAGAAGGAGGAGAAGAAAUUACGCAGCCGACGCUACCGGCUUUUUGCAAACCGUUCGGGGGUGGCGCGUCUGCUUGGGCGCGAGGAGCAGCGCUUGUGGCAAGGUGUAACCGAGGAACUCAUGUCGGAUGAGGAGGACAGCCUGAGCGAGCCGGGGGUAUGGGUGGCGCGCCCCCCGCGAUUCCGUGCUGCCCCGCUCACCCAGCUCUGCUACCGGCUUGAUGCUAACUCCAAGCACGGCACCAAAGCCAACCGGGUGUACGGGCCGCCCUCGGACCGCCUGCCCACUGCCGAAGUCCAGCUUCUGCCCCUCCACCUUUACAACGCCCAUUUUCAAGAGGAAGGGGCCGGGGCUGGCACACCCCCUUGCCUGCCUGGCCACAAAGGCUUCUGCCCCGACCUCGGCUCCUUCGUGGAGAUCAAGGUGGAAAAAGAUGAGUGA